AUGAUGUUCCUCCACGAUCAAUUCUGCAUCGUUGACAACAAAGAAUUGGACCAAUUCUCAAACAGCAUCUACUGCUCUGAGGAAUGCCAAGCAAAGGAUUCUCUUUACGAUUCUUCCGUCAAAGUUCUACCUAAUACCAGCAAGUUGGUCACUUACUCCACAACAAACUUUAAAACCCCUUUCCAGGACACUACAGAGGAAUACGACGGCGACUUUUUCGCACUAGAGGAUGUCCACACAAACUCAUACACAACAGCUUCUGAAACAUCGUCGCGUCGAUCGACGCACUCGGGAUCGCUCCCCUCGUUGCUGGACGACACGCCCGCAUUGGAUUUGUACGAUGCUGACGAAACCGUGGAAGUGCAUCAUUGUGACCUGCAGGACUGGACACAGCCAGGACUUGUGGACUUUGGCGAUAGAUGGCUUUACGAGGCACCAAAGCUCCAGGACGAUUCCUGGGGACGCAAACUUACCCGCCAACCAUCCCCUUCUGCCACACGUCCUUCAGCUGACUCCGCUUCGCACAACUACCAGCUGUGGCUCUCUCGCGUGAAAUGA